GCUCACCCGGAGCUGACGGGGCUCGUACCCAGCGGUGAGGGCCUCAUCCCUGCCCCCUCGACCCCCUGAUGGGGUCCUCUUGACCCCCCCACCGUGUGUCCAGCCCUGCAGACCCAGCAGCAGGUGAGCAGAGGGGACACCUGAUUCCUGCACUUCAUCUUGGAACCCCCUGGCUCUGGCAGGUGGUGUUGGGGCUGGGACAGGAUGGGAGACCUGGACAUGCCCAUUGGCUCACUGGGCGAGGAGGUGGUGGCCCAGCUCUGCGAGCUCCUGGAUAAUGUCAGCUGGGGCUGGCGCAAGCUGGCCGAGGUGGCUGGGGCAGAGAAACGCUUCAGGUGCAGCAUGGAGGAGCUGGAGAUGUGCUCACUGAAGGUGCUGGAGCCCCGUGGGAGCCCCACUCAGUGUCUCCUGCAGCUCCUGGCUGAGCGCGACUGCAGCCUCAAGUACCUGCUGGGCUGCCUGGAGAGGAUGGGGCACACAAAGGCCUGCCAGGUCCUCAGCAGUGCUGUCCAGGACAUGAUCCGCAUCACAGUGCAGCCAGAGUCACAGGUGGUGCCAGAGGGGACACGGGUGUCCCUGACCUGCUGGGCAUCUGGACCACCAGGCCUCACGUACCAGUGGUUCUGUGGGAAGCAGGAGGUUCCCGGAGCCACGGCCCCGGAGCUGGUGAUGGACACGGCUGCCCCACCAGGCCAGCCUGCCUGGUACAUCUGCAGGGUGAACUGCGGGGCCACCUUUGCCUUCUCCAGGUGGGCCCACAUCCAGGUGGAGAAGAGCAGCAGCCCCAGCUCAGCCAGUGGUUACUGCCCCACCAUGGCAGGGCUGCAGAUCCUGCGGCAGCCACGGCCGUGCCGCCUGGCUGAGGGGGACACGCUGGUGCUGGAGUGCAGAGCCAUCGGCAACCCCCCGCCCCAGUACCAGUGGUUCAGGAACCAGCGCCCCGUGGAGGGUGCCCAGGCACCCCGGCUGCAGGUGAAGCUGGUGACAACAGCUGAGCGGGGCAGUUACUCCUGCCGUGUCUUCAACCUCUUCCACGAGGUGUGGAGCCAGGAAGUGGAUGUGGAGAUCGGCCCCUGGCUCUUCACCUCUGGAGGCUCCUGGCAGGAGGGGGAUGGAGGCUCUCCGGAGCGUGGCAGUCCUGGCCAGCUGUAUGCCACCGACAAAGUGGCCCUGCUGAUUGGCAACAUGCACUACCUGCACCACAAGCAGCUGAAGGCACCCAUGGUGGACGUGCACACCCUCAGCACCCUCCUCCGCCAGCUCGACUUCAAGGUGGUCUCCCUGCUGGACCUGUGCAAGGCUGAGAUGCAAACGGCUGUCAACGAGUUCCUCCUCCUUCUGGACAAGGGUGUCUAUGGUCUGCUCUACUACGCCGGGCAUGGCUAUGAAAACUUUGGCAACAGCUUCAUGGUGCCCAUUGACGCGCCCAGUUCCUACAGCUCUGCCCACUGCCUCUGCGUGCAGCGGGUGCUGCAGGCCAUGCAGCAGCGCCGCACCGGCCUCAACAUCUUCCUGCUUGACAUGUGCCGCAAGAGGAACCUCAACGACGACCUCAUCCCGCAGGUUGGGGCGCUGCAGGUCACGGCCAACAUCGUCUUCGGCUACGCCACGUGGGUCCCCUCCCCACCAUCCCCGGUGCAGGCAGCAGGGCUGAGGUUCUCUCCCUGGCUCACAGAGGGGUGUGCGGAUGCUGAAGCCUACGAGCUGAGCCAGGGCGAGCUCUCCAACGGCAUCUUUGUCACUUUCCUCAAGCGCUGGCUGCUGGAGGAUGAGAAGAUCACGGUGCUGCUGGACAAGGUGGCUGAAGACAUGGGCACGCUGGAGAUCACGCGGGGCCGGCAGGCGCUGGAGCUCCGCAGCAACCUGUCGGAGAGGAGAGCUCUGACCGACCCCAUCCGCCCCCUGGGCAGGGACGAGUCCUCUGCCAGGAACCUGCAGUGGGCCAAGGCUCACGUCCUGCCGGAGAGCCGGCACCUCCGCUUCGACUGUGGUGUCACCGUCCAGUUGGGCUUCGCUGCCGAGUUCUCCAACAUCAUGAUCAUCUACACCCGUGUGCUGGACACCCCUGGGGACAUCGCCAAGUGUGAGGCCAAGCUCACUGACCUACCCGAGGAGCUGGAUGUGGACGUCAAGUGCACCAACAAGGAGAGCCCAGAGGAUGUGGGCAGCCCCCUGGCACCCACCUGGAGCCUCGGCUGCCCCUCCUGCUGCCUCUACAGCCGGCUCUGUGGCUUGCAGAAACUGCGGCAGGAGCUGGUGUUCACCAUCUGCCUGCAGUACCGCUACCGCGGCGUGGAUGACUUCCUGGAGGAGCGGCGGGUGGUGAGCGUGGGGAGGCCGCUCAUUGCCAAGCUCAACCUGCAGCUGGUGGCCUCCCCACCAGCCUCACCCCCCCACAGCCCCCUCUCUGCCUCUCCCCACGGGGGCUGGGGGGCAGUCAGGGCAUCCUGGGUCAACACUCCAGAGGAGAACUUGAGCCCCGAGGUCUCCAGUUCUCAAGCCCUGUAGAGGGACAGCAUGGCCUCCCCUUGUCACUGCAGCCCCCUGGGCCAUGUCUGUCCUG